AGAAAUAUUUGUGAAUGAAGACAGGACAGAUGUUGGUGAGCGUGGAGCGCACACUAAUAGCGAUCUACGCCUCGUACGUGACCACAUCACAGUAUCAUUCAGAAAAAAAAGGGGGAAAAAAAGAAAUCCGCAGAGAAGAGUGUGUCACAGCGGAAGAACUAUGAACAGUAGACUCUGAACAACAACAACAACAACAAGAGCAUCAUCGUGGACCGUCGUGACUCACGCGGACGCAGCAGCGCUCCUAGAUGAGAAACCCUGCAGUGGGGAGAACAACUGAUCCACUUCCACCAAAAAGGUCGUAUUUUCUCCUGUGGUGUCUGUGUGGAGCGUGCCACACAUCCACUCCACAACAACGACGGCUUUUGCUUGCAUCUUCCAGUGCUUCUUAUGUCAGCAAGUUCAGCAGAGCUGCAACUCAUCUAGAGCCAGCCCAGAGGAACCCAGUGAGGAGCACCACGACUGUGAGAUGGUAAAGAUGACAAAGUCCAAGACCUUCCAGGCUUACCUGCCCAACUGUCACCGAACCUACAGCUGCAUCCACUGCCGGGCACAUCUCGCCAAUCAUGAUGAGCUCAUCUCAAAGUCAUUCCAAGGCAGCCAGGGACGAGCCUACCUCUUCAAUUCAGUUGUGAAUGUGGGUUGUGGUCCAGCAGAGGAGAGGGUUCUCCUAACAGGUUUACACGCUGUGGCGGACAUCUACUGUGAAAACUGUAAAACCACCCUGGGCUGGAAAUACGAGCAUGCGUUUGAGAGCAGUCAGAAAUACAAAGAAGGCAAGUUCAUCAUCGAGCUGGCGCACAUGAUCAAAGAUAAUGGCUGGGAGUGACCUUCACCUACUUCCUCUCCGCUCAGUGACCUUUGGGCUGCUCUGCCGUGGACUUUGCCGAGUGACACCACCACACGCACACGUACACAAACAAAAAACGCACAGACACGCGCGCGCACACACGCCACCGUCGACCAUGACACAUCCCGACAUCUCUACUGGGUCAUCACAAAACUCAAAGGCAGAGUGACGGAAAGCGAACCGAAGACGGUCUAUGGUCACUGAAAGACUCUCUAGGACCUUUUUCCGAGAUGUACAUGUCAACACUUUGGGAUCUGAACCUUCUCCCUUCCUGUUUGACUGCCCCGUUAAAUUGUUUCGGUGUCUUAGUGUGCGUUCUGUUUGGACAGGAAUCUUAAGUCCUUCCUGGUGGACUGAUGUUACUGGUUAGCAUUUUUCUCCUUCUCUGCGUCAAGCCCAUUCUGAUUGUUUUUCCUUUCACUCUGGGGUAGCGACAAUUGACAUACGUUAUAAGAGUUGGGGUUGGUUUCAGGGUUAGGCUAUGUAGCAGUAUAUUACAGAUGGGGGUGGGUGUUCAGCAUUGCAGUGGCAUGGCAGUUCCCCUGCGUUUUACCCGUUUUAUUACCGAAUUGGAUGACUUCACUGUGCAAUUGGUGGGACACUCUGGUACAGCAGUAGCGUCUGAACCCUACAGGAGCUUUAGUUGUCUCUGGUGCUUUUGGUGAAAUUACACAAACACACGUCUUUGAGUUGGCAUUCGUGGCAGGUUCCAUUUUUGCAACCGUACUAUAGGCGAGAGAAAAAAAAUUAAACUAAACAAGACAAGCGACAGCCGUUUGGAUGCACUGGACAUUGGGGAAAACUGAAACUAGUGUCCUCGGAACAUUGUUUGCGUUACAUUUUCAUCCCCCUUCACGCCAAAUGAUGACAAGAUUUUACAAAACUAUUGUUGUUGAUAUUACAAUCACGUGUAUGUUCAUUGCUAUGUGUAAUUUAUGUGUUAAACCACAUGUUUGGACAUGCACAUGCAUGUUAGCUCAGUGUGUUUUACACAUUAUGUUUAUGGCAUACUUGAAUGCAGUUACUUUGUUUGCACUUUGCAGAGGCCUUGUUCAUGGGUUUAGAGGCAAAAGUCUGUCCAUUUUAUGGCCUUUUUUUCAUGGAAAAUAAUGGAAUGAUUGUAUUAGAUGCUUGGAAUGAUUUUCAGGGUUGGGUGGUUGCUGGCUUAAUCAUCUCCCUCUACUUUCAAACACACUGCUUUUGCUUUCUUCUGCAGACCUGUUCGCUAUGCUCGUAAUUCGUCCAAUUGGAUUCACCCAUCAGAAGCAGGUCUCAAAUUUUACAAUCGGACACCAUUCAAUGUGGCGUUACGUGAUUCUUUUGCUGCUAAUAGAGAUAAAUGCAAUCCGGAACUUUCACUUUAAACCUUCUGCACUUUACCCGGACUGUCUGAGAGCAUGCGAGCGGAUGUGUUCCUUUUUUAGCUUUCCUCCACAUCUUUGCCUCUAAGCAGCAUGAAUCUUGUGCCUCUUCAAAAGAUAAAAUAGAAAAGAAAAGAAAAAAAAAUCUCCCUCUCUUGUGUUGUGCGGCGCAUGACUCCGAGAACCCAGCACGUCUAUUAGAAGCUCUGCUGGAGUAUCGUAUCGAACUCAAAAAUGAACUUGGAAACGAACCUCACAGAACCUCUAUCCACUUGAAAGUUGAAUAUAAUCCAGUAUUUUUUUUAUAGUUCCUUGUCAAAGUUAGAGAUGUUAUGAAACAGUGGUAUUCUGCAAAGUAUAUAAAAGGGGCGGGGCUGUUAGAAUGGGAGGGGGCGGGGCUUGCUUCCUGUAGAGAUAAAGAGGGGCAUUUAAUGUAGAUUUUUAUCAAAUAGAAUUAAAUAUAUAUCGAAUCGUACAGAUGAAUAUCGAGGUUUCGUCAUGUUUAAGGGUGGGAGGAAAGGUGGGCAGUAAUAAAAUGAGUGGCGAAUCCGUUCGCCGCCGAUAAGGUCAGUCCGGUCACGUGACCUUCGAAUCAGUCAAAGACAAUGCAAACAAAAUAGUUGUAGAAAUAUCUUACUUGAAAGAUGAUACAGAGUUACAGACAAUACAUUGUCCCUCUCACACAGUUUUGUACAUAAAGUAACAUAUUUAAGGUUUUAUACAUAUUUCUACUGGGUUAGUUUCUCUACUUCCCCGACUUGAAGCACUUUUGUUCACUGUACCUCUGGCUUUAUAUAUGUGUGUGAAUGACGAGAGACAGAGUGUGUGUGUGUGUGUGUUUGGAUGCAUGUAUGCGUGUUCCCUUACUUCCCUCCCUUUAUUUGUAGCCGUUUUUGCUGUUGUUCAUUAGUUCUUCUGUGCUGUUUCCUUUAUGACACUUCUUUUGCUGUCUCACAGCGUGUUCUGAUGUAAGCUCUCUUAGCUUGAUGAUAAUGAGCUUUUGUAUUUUUUGUUUUUUCUUUAAUAUUAAAGUUGAAUUUUUUGAUAGUUUUCUGUCAAGAGCAUUAUAGGAGAAUGUCUGCUGGUCGUGUUUUAGCAUCAUGGUCAGCGGUGAGCUGGAUUCACCUGCCAAAAGUCCACAAUAGAAACACAGACCCAGACCAUUGUACACACACACACACACACACACACACAAAAACAGCUUUCCCUAAAAUUUUCAGAAACAGAAGUUGAUCCAGGCCAGUGUCACUGUCAGUGUGCACACAAAAAAUAAGAAAUUGCUCAACCAGACCAUUUUUACUGAGAACCACUUGGUCAAACCAAAAAUCGAGUUUGUGGCCUCUCUGAAUACCAAGUGGGAAAUUACUUUGUUAGCUUUUUUGGACUGUGAUUUGACUUUUACAGUGACAUAUUAAGGGGUUUCUGAUAUUGGCAGUAGAAAAGAUUGUUUAUUGCUGUUUCUUUUAGUGACACUGGUUUCAAACCUUUCUGGAGCUGUUAAUCUUUGAGAUUUGUCAUUCAAACGACAUCUAGUUUAAGGCAACAGUGGUAUGCAAAGGAAACGAUUGUAUAAGUUUGCUGAGUUAUUUUCUUAGGACUGUUAAAAUAUAAGGUCUAAAGCAUGUUGUAUUUAUAUUGGCUAUAUUAAGUCGUGCCUGGUUUUCGUUCUUUCUUAUUUUUCUUCUUCAAUGCAAAAAAGCAUUUUUCUUCUUUUUACUUGAUUACAUUGCUUUGCAUUCUGUCCUAGUAAAGAAAAAACUCAUUUGUCUGUUUUCACUGUAUUGUAAACUAUUCAGAUAUCACAAUAAAGCUUAAAUGGUA